AUGAUCUCAAUGAGUGUACCUAGGAAAAAGCAGGAGAGGGAAAUCAGCCUUCUGAUGCAUUAUGUGGACGACGUGUUUCCUCAUCAAUUCCCUAUCUAUCAUAGCCAGUUUGUGGGGAAAAGAGAAUGGCUGUUGCCCUUGCUCUCUUCAACGAGAUCGGUCUAUUACGCUACGCUGUGCCUCAGUCUACUGCACAAGGAGAAAAGCUCCAAUCUGGACCAGCCAGGGUCGGUAUCUUUCUGUCAAGAGGAGAGACUCCGAUAUUAUAUACUGGCGCUGCGAGAGACACAGCAGCUUUUACAGCAGUUGAGCCCAGUAUGUGACCUAGAAGCCAUGAGAUCCUGUGUUCCUUCCCUGGCAAGCGCUCUACAUCUGAUCAGUUAUGAGUCUUCCUGCCCUGUAUACGGGGAUUGGAAAGUUCAUCUACAAGCUGCAACAUCACUGAUCCCUAUUCUCGUAGGGGGCUGGAACAGUAUGAUUAAACCUAUCAAACAUACUUCCACCCUUUGGACAGGUUUAACCCUUUCUGAUUUCCAUGACCUCCACACAGAAGGGUCCCUCUCUUACGAAGAUGCCAGCGCCUUACGGUUUCUAACCAAUGCACUAGCUGUAACUGGCAUCCUCUCGUUCAUUUCAACCGGCCCGACAUCUGCACUAUCCGACUACCGCUACCUGAUGGAUGCCACAUGCGACAUGGUCCAGUGUGACCAGUUCCUUGGUUGCGAGAACUGGGUGAUGUCAGCUAUUCUAGACGUAGGCCUACUGGACCGGUGGAAAAGAGAAGAGGAAGGUAACCGACGCCUGAGCUUCCGGGAACUAGCAAACCGGGCCAAGAGACUCGAGGACUGUCUGGAAAACGGCAUCAGAGAGCUAUCGGCCAAAACGUCCGGCUCUUCAGAUGCAGUUAGCUCCAUUACCCGCAUUUAUGCCAGUUCCACCCUGACCUACCUCCAUUCGGUAGUUUCGGGUCUCAACCCGGACCUAAGCGAGAUACAGGAGAGUGUUUCUCGGACCAUUGAGCUCCUCAAAGAAUUAUCCAACUGGCAUCUUCUCGCCUGUCUGACUUGGCCCCUGUGUGUGACUGGAUGCAUGGCAGCACCGGAUCAUGAAGCCUUUUUUCAUAGUCUGGCUAUUUCGGCGGAGAUUAGUCCGCAUUCGUUGAGGCAUACUUGGAUUGUUUUACGGAUAUUAAAGGAUGUGGGCAAGGUUCGCGGCUCUUUGGGGGAACAGAUAUUGCCCACAUGGGAACAGAUUCUUUGUAUUGAUGGAGCUCCAAUACUACUUACAUAA